AUGGGACCGUACAAAGAUCAGCCAGCCUUUAACAGCGGAACCAUUCCACCAAUUCUAUUGUUUAAGAAGCCGAUAAAAAUCCACUACGAAAACAAUGCCCCCUUCGUAGUGGCUACUACCAUCGAAAGAACAAUUGAAGUAUCGCACUGGGGAAAUAUUGCUGUCGAGGAAUACAUUGAGUUAGUGCACAAGGGAGCUGAACUAAAGGGUCCUUUUUCACGACUUGAUCAUCAGAUGGAUCGUCGGGGACGUCGUCAACCUGCACUCUUACACUUUACGACGAUAUUACCAGCGUCUGCUAAAGACAUUUAUUAUCGUGAUGAAAUUGGAAAUAUUUCGACGUCAUCAGUGCGACUUCGUGCAGAUUCUGUGGAAGUCGAAAUCAAGCCCAGGAUGCGGGUACUUCCAUUAUUCCUCUUUGUGGGUCUGGCGGUUGCUGCCGAUUGGAAGGUGAUCAACGUUGAGAGAAACAUCGACAUCUCUUCACAGAUUGUGAAGGUGUCAUCACAACUAACGCUUUCAAACACUGGGUCAACAGAGGCAAAUGCUGUCGAAGUACUGAUUCCCACUGAAGAAAGCGACCACCUAGCGUACAUGGCGCUCAAGAAGGCAGUAAUAAGGGUCUACAAAGUCGAACUCUUGAACCGCGUGGCUAAGGGCGGCGAGGUCAAGCUGAAGGUCGAACAGAGGUUCACCGAAAUGCUCUCGCCUUUACCGGAAAAGAUAACGCAGAAGGAAAAUCAGUUUGUUGUAUAUAACGGCAACGCUCAUUAUGCGGCUGCGUAUCCCGUGGCUCAGGAAAAAACGACUGUCAAAAUUGCGAGUAUAUAUGGACCGUACAAAGAUCAGCCAGCCUUCAACAGCACCAUUCCACCAAUUCUAUUGAUUAAGAAGCCGAUAAAAAUUCACUACGAGAACAAUGCCCCCUUCGUAGUGGCUACGACCAUCGAAAGAACAAUUGAAGUAUCGCACUGGGGAAAUAUUGCUGUCGAGGAAUACAUUGAGUUAGUGCACAAGGGAGCUGAACUAAAGGGUCCUUUCUCACGGCUUGAUCAUCAGAUGGAUCGUCGAGGACGUCGUCAACCUGCACUUUUACACUUCACGACGAUAUUGCCUGCGUCUGCUAAGGACAUUUAUUAUCGUGAUGAAAUUGGAAAUAUUUCGACGUCAUCAGUGCGACUUCGUGCAGAUUCUGUGGAAGUCGAAAUCAAGCCCAGAUUCCCACUGUAUGGAGGAUGGCGUACUUCAUACGUUAUUGGCUACAAUGUUCCAUCCUUCGAAUAUCUUUACAACAAAGGAAAUGAGUAUGCGUUAAAGAUGCGUGUUCUUGACCACGUAUUUGAUAAUGCCGUUGUUGAGAAGCUCACCACGAAGAUCGUCCUUCCAGAGCUGGUCAAGAAGAUCAAGCUCACAACUCCAUAUACGAUGGAUCGUCGCCCAGAUGAAGUCCGCGCCACUUACCUCGAUACUACUGGUAGAACCGUUGUUGUGUUGCAGAAAGAAAAUCUUGUGCAAGAACAUAUUCAGUCAUUUACGCUUUUCUAUGAGUUUGAUUAUACGUACAUGAUUCGAGAGCCGUUGCUUGCCAGCGCAUUUUUCCUGGCCCUCUUCACUGCUGUGAUUAUUUAUAUGCGAUUCGACUUCACAAUUGUCGCAGAUCCUCUUCGUGAGGCUCGUGAACGCAUACAGGGAAAGGUGACGUCCCUGUCUCAACUUGUAGAUAAGAAAAAUCGCGUGUUUUCGCAAUUCCUUACCGCCGUCAGUCAAUACAAAACAACACGCGAUGUUUCUGCUUUGCAGGAUGGAAAGAAACAACUGGAAACAGAUCGCGCUGAUAUCAACGCCAAAUUGACCAACGCUAUUGCUACAUUCAAGGAAGAAGGACAGGAGAUAUAUGAUAAGGCACAAGAGUUGUUGCGAUACGAGAAGGCCAUUAUGGAUUCGCUUGACGGUUACAUCACCAGCGUGCAGAAGAGUCAGCAGAAGUCGGCUAGCGCUGAAGAUACACAGUUCACUCAGAAGGUGACAGAUGCGCGUACGCGAUCGGAAUCACUCCUGGCCUCUCUUUGA